AUGCAUCUAGCAAGGAGCCUUGUUGUGUCACUGCUGGCAGUCACCGGCUUUGCACUCCCGGAAAAGAGCGCUCCCAAGCAAGUUCGCAGCAGCUCCGGAUACACCCUCAAGACACCUCCAUUGACGACGCCGUGGACGGACGAAGUUGGCACCGAUCCCUGGCCUGAGUAUCCGCGCCCGCAGCUGGAACGCUCCCAGUGGCAGAAUCUCAAUGGCGUGUGGCAGUACGAGAAUGCGUCGAGUCUCGAUGCCGUUCAGAGCCCACCUUUUGGUCAGAACCUCGGCCAGGAAGUGCUGAUUCCGUCUUGCCUUGAGAGUGGCUUGUCUGGAAUCCAAGCUGUAGAUGCGCUGUACUCAUGGUUCUCGAACUCGUUCAAUGUUGACUCUUCUUGGAAGGGCCGGCGGGUUCUGCUCAACUUCGAGGCUGUGGACUACGAAGCCACUGUUUUUGUCAAUGGCAAGCAGGCGGGUUUCCAUCGCGGAGGUUACUUCCGCUUCACGCUCGACGUGACUCCCUAUGUGAAGUUCGGCCAGGACAAUGAACUACUCGUGUUUGUGCACGAUCCCACGGACAGUGGCGACUAUGUCAUUCCCAUUGGUAAACAGACGCUCCACCCGAGCCACAUCUUCUAUACUCCCUGCAGUGGAAUCUGGCAGAGUGUAUGGAUCGAGUCCACUCCGGCGAACUACAUCACGCAACUGGACCUGGCGGCUGACAUGCACGGACAAGUGAACGUCACCGUGCACAGCUCGAACCUGAACACCAGCACGCCCGUCGAGAUCUCGCUGCACGAGAACGACAAGGUCAUCGCGACUCACAGCGGUCCUUCGAACCGCCCGUUCCAGUUCAGGGUCUCUUCACCGAAGCUGUGGUCUCCUGACUCGCCUCACCUGUACAACGUCACCGUUAAGAUGGGCUCGGACACGAUCCAGAGCUACACUGGUUUCCGCACUAUCUCCAAGGGCACCGUCGACGGUGUUGUGCGCCCGCUGCUGAACGGCGAGUUUGUGUUCAUGUUCGGCACUCUCGACCAGGGAUUCUGGCCUGAUGGCAUCUACACGCCGCCGACGCAGGAGGCAAUGGUGUACGAUCUGCAGCUGCUCAAGGAUCUGGGCUUCAACUCGGUUCGCAAGCACAUCAAGGUCGAAAACGAGCGGUGGUACCAGGCCUGCGACCAGCUAGGUCUGCUCGUCAUCCAGGACAUGCCUGCCAUGCGUCCGCUCCAGACCACGGCCGACGGGGCCACCAUCCUGCCGAACGCGACGCAGCAGGCCGAGUUUACCCGCCAGCUGACGCUCCUGGUGAACCAGCACAAGAGCUUCCCUAGCGUUGCAGUCUGGAUUAUCUAUAACGAGGGCUGGGGCCAGCUCACAGACUACUACCCAGAGUUCGGGCUGACCGCACUGGUCCAGUCGCUGGAUCCCACGCGGCUGGUGGACUCGACUACGGGCUGGUUCGACCAUGGCGCUGGCGACUUCAGCGAUAACCACCACUAUGCCAACCCGCAGUGCGGCUCGCCCUUCUACUCGAUCGACUCGAGCCCCUACGACGACACGCGAAUCGGGUUCCAGGGUGAGUUCGGUGGGCUUGGAAACAACGUCUCCAUUGAGCAUCUGUGGAACGUCCAGGAGGCCAUCGUGACAAUCAACCAGACCUACGAAAUCGACACAUCUAUCGACGCGUGGAACUACCGCAGCCACGUCUUGCUCGGCGAGCUCCGCGACCAGGUGGAGCUCUUCGCUUGCAGUGGUGGCGUCUGGACGCAGACUACCGAUGUUGAGGGUGAGGUCAAUGGCCUGAUGACCUAUGACCGUCGCCUGAAGCGAGUGGACGAGAAACAGUGGAAAUCCGAUAUCCAGGCUCUGUAUGAUGCUGCUGAUGCGCGCCGCAAAUAA